AUGCCCUCAAGCUCUGUGUCGGAUGAGUAUGAGCUGGACGCUGAGCCUCUGAUCGGCUGGUCCAAAUCAGACCGUCCAACUGAUGAACUUCAUGAUCGUUUUUCCCCACUGCAAGGGGUUAAAAGACCGCUGGCUAAGCUGCUGAGCGGCGCGGUCUACCUUACAUUGGUCGUCCUCACAUUUCCCUUUCGAUGGAGACUCCGGCCUAGAAGCAGAAUCUUCUGCCUUUUGCACAUUCUUCUUGGAGCGUUGCUUGCUCUUAUCUGUCUCACGGGGCUAUUCUGGCCCUCGUAUACUCGACUACCACCACACUAUGAGACACUCCGAACGCAAGUCCAGAGUAGCUCAGCUCACGGACGUGGCAAUGUUCACAACCAGAAAGUCUACAUCGCUGCCGUUCUAUAUGACCCCCAGGGACAACUUGCCAGUGGACGAUGGGGAGAUGCCCUUCUUCAGCUGAUUGAGAUGCUCGGGGAACAAAACGUCUACUUGAGCAUAUACGAAAACAACAGCGGUGAAACCGGAGAAAAUGCACUCCGCCAUCUCGCAGACAACGUCACUUGCAACAACACCAUCAUAUCUGAGCCAGGACUCAGUCUCAGAGACAUUCCACACGUGACGAUUCCCACGGGAGAAAAGCGAGUCAGACGCAUCGACUAUCUGGCCGAAGUUCGGAAUCGCGCCCUACAGCCACUCGACACGGCCCAGGUGACAUACGACAAACUUUUGUAUCUGAAUGACGUGAUCUUCGAUCCAGUCGAAGUUCUACAACUGCUUUUCUGCACCAACGCUGACAGCAAUGGCGUCGCGCAAUACCGUGCGGUGUGCGCGGUGGACUUUAGCAAUCCCUUCAAGUUCUAUGACUCCUAUGCUACCCGUGACUACGAGGGAUACGGCGUCGGUAUGCCAUUCUUCCCCUGGUUCACCUCCGCUGGCGCCGGAGAGAGUCGCCGAGAUGUACUCGCAGAGAAAGACGCCGUUCGUGUCCGCAGCUGCUGGGGUGGCAUGGUCGCUUUCGACGCUGCAUAUUUUCAGGGCCCCGCCGCGAUACGAUUCCGCGCAGACUCCGAGAUGUUCUGGGAUGCCUCUGAGUGCUGCAUCGUCCACGCAGACGUGCAGAGUGCCAAGCCAGUUACUGAUCAACUUCAACGGUCAGGAUCAUACAUGAACCCCUUUGUGCGAGUCGCAUAUAGCGCGCGAAGUCACUCUUGGCUGUGGACGACUCGUCGAUUCGAGAAGCUCUACCCGCUGGCUCACGAUCUCUUGAAUCGUCUUGCGGGAUUUCCUCACUUCAACCCUCGCCGCACCGAAGUCUUUGGGGAGAAAAUCACAGACAGUAUGUGGAUUGCCGGGGACAUGGGUGACGCCGUGCCGGGUCGGGUGCAGACAGUAGAGCGCAUGGCCGGUAAUGAUGGGUUCUGUGGGCGCCGGGGCCUCGAAGUGCUCGUUGAAAACAGGAGGCCCGAUCAAGAUGGGUUCGAUUCCAUCCCUAUUCCCGAUGGUCUGGACUAG